GAGAAUGAAGGAGGCAGAGGGGGAGUCCCUUACUCUUUCACUAUCUCACUCUCACUAUGCACGACCCGGUGAGGGGAGAUUGUGCUCAUGCCUCCAACCCACCGACCGAAACGCUCUCCAGUCUUUAGUUCCUGCAUGUUCCCUGCGGAUGUGGUGCCCUGGAGCGUAGCAUCUUGUUUCACAUCGGAGGCCUUCUGCUUGAACAGAGGAGCUCAAUGUGGACGACCACAGAACUAUUAUUACAGAACCUUGCCAGCGGCCGCAGCAGGCAGACAUGCCAUAUGUGCAGCAUACAUCCUGCGGACGCUUGUACGCUGGACCGCGUUCAAAACUUCGAGAGACGACAGGGGACGGCGGAUGGCGGGCACACCUGACGGAGACGUUGUGGGCUGUGGAUCUGUGACGCUGAUCUACCUGUAUGCGCCCCUUCGUCUUUCCUAUGUAAUGAUUUUCAACCUCAUUGACGGGGAUGUGCACUCAGCGGCCUCACAGCAAAUCGCUUUAGUACCGAACCGCACUGGAUCGAUUAUAAGAUCCUUCACGGGUCCCGCGUCGUAUGCAUAGACGAAUCCAUCUUUCACCCAACAUGAGCGGGCUGUGUCUUUUAAGAA